UCCGCGUGCGCCGCACCGCUGUUGUCCGUCUGUGCCCGCGGUGUUGGAUCUGGCGCGCUGUCAGUGGACGCGCCCGGGCAGGGGGCGUUCACAGUGUCUGUGACUGCGGAGCCGGCGGUAACCGGAGUUAAACCCGGCUCUGAGCGUGCGUUGCAAACCUGGACCUUGCUCAGCCAAGCCCUCCGCGGUCCCUCCGACCUCGGUCCUCCCGCGUCAGGGCCGCGGAACGCCUGCACGAAGAAACAGCGCGGAAUGGCCACCGGGAUCCAGACAGCUCCGUGUUGGGGAUGGUUGUCAUUCAAGGAUGUAUCUAUGGACUUUACCUGGGAAGAAUGGCAAUUACUGGAUUCUGCGCAGAAGUACCUGUACAGGGAUGUGAUACUGGAAAACUAUCGCAACCUGGUAUCUGUGGGGUAUCAUGGUACCAAACCUGAUUUAAUCUUCAAGUUGGAGCAAGGAGAAGAGCCGUGGAUAGUAAAUGCCAAAAUUUCUCAUCCGCGCUGCCCAGAAAGUUGGAAAGAAUGGUACCAGAAAAAUCAAGAUGUGCUGGAAAGUGUUGAGAGAAACUACGUGUGUAAUGCAUUUGGAAAACUUCAUCUGAGCAAAACGCAUGCUUCUUCAAGACAGAGACUCCACAAGUACAACACACAUGGAAAAAGCGUGACACAACACUCAGGUUUAACCAGAAGCUAUCUCAGGAAGAGUCCUGAUAAGUUUCAUGGGUAUGAACAAUCAUAUUUUCUUAAGCGUCAAAGAGCUCAUAGUAUAGAAAAAAACUGUAUCUGUGGUGAAUGCGGAAAAGCUUUUCGUUGCAAAUCACAGCUCAUUGUACAUCUCAGAAUUCACACAGGAGAGAGACCCUAUGAGUGCACUAAGUGUGAGAGAGCCUUCAGCGCCAAGUCAAACCUCAACGCUCAUCAGAGAGUGCACACAGGGGAGAAGCCCUACUCGUGCAGCGAGUGUGGGAAAGUCUUCUCGUUCAGGUCACAGCUCAUUGUCCACCAGGAAGUUCACACAGGAGGGAAACCUUACGGUUGCAGUGAGUGUGGGAAAGCCUACAGCUGGAAGUCCCAGCUCAUUUUACACCAGAGAAGUCACACAGGAGUGAAGCCCUAUGAAUGCAGUGAAUGUGGGAAAGCCUUUAGCUUGAAGUCACCCUUCAUUGUCCACCAGAGAACUCACACAGGAGUCAAACCCCAUAAAUGCAACGAGUGUGGGAAAGCCUUCCGGAGUAAGUCAUACCUGCUUGUUCACGUCAGGAUGCACACAGGUGAGAAGCCCUAUCAGUGCAGUGAGUGUGGGAAAGCCUUCAACAUGAAGACACAGCUCGUUGUCCACCAGGGAAUUCACACAGGAAAUAACCCUUACCAGUGCAGUGAGUGUGGGAAGGCCUUCGGUCGGAAGGAGCAACUCACUGCCCACCUGCGAGCUCACGCAGGAGAGAAGCCCUACGGGUGCAGCGAGUGUGGGAAGGCCUUCAGCAGCAAGUCAUACCUCGUUAUACACAGGAGGACGCACACAGGAGAGAGACCCUACGAAUGCAGUUUCUGUGAGAGAGCCUUUUGUGGGAAGUCACAGCUCAUCAUACAUCAGAGAACUCACUCAACAGAGAAGCCCUACGAGUGCAGUGAGUGUGAGAAAGCCUAUCCUCGGAAGGCGUCACUCCAGAUCCACCAGAAAACUCACUCAGGAGAGAAACCGUUCAAAUGCAGCGAGUGCGGGAAAGCCUUCACCCAGAAAUCAUCUCUCAGUGAACAUCAGAGAGUCCACACAGGAGAGAAACCGUGGAAAUGUUCUGAAUGUGGGAAAUCCUUCUGUUGGAAUUCGGGGCUCCGCAUACACAGGAAAACUCACAAGUGAAAUUAGAAUGAAGUAGAUGUUAGAAGCAUUCUAAUAAAACUUGCUCCUUAGGAGACCUCAGAUGAUAAUGUAGACAGGACACAUAAGCAGGAAGAAGCCCUAAAAAUACACAUAUUAAGUUAACACAGGAGAGAAACCAAGUGUAUUUGGAAUGAGUGUGCAAAAGCUUUUAGAAAUGUCAUAUACAGGCUUUGUAGAUGAGAAUAGUGGGAGGAACUGGGCAGUAACUGUACCAAGUGUAAUGGUAUCAUGAGGCAUUAAUUUGGAGAAUCCAUUCUGAGAACGCUUUAUAAAUUUAAUAAAUUGGGAAAGCAUUUUUCCUAUAAAAACUGUGUUCUGUGGAGAGUCACAUUCCAGAUUUGAAGCUAUGUUUUUCUAAACAUUUUAUUUAUUUAUCUUUAGAGGGGAAGGGAAGGAGAGAGGGAGAGAAAUAUCAAUGCAUGGUUGCCUCUCAUGCAUCCCCUGCUGGGAACUGGCCUGCAACCCAGGCAUGUGCCCUGACUAGGAAUCGAACCAUGAACCUCUAGUUUGCAGGCCUGCACUCAAUCCACUGAGCUACACCAGUUAGGACUGAAGCUAUGUUUUAGACAUUUUCAUGGUGGAAUAUGAAGGUUUUUAUUUUGAUACGUAAAUAAAACAUCGGGGAAACAGAAGGAACAUAUUCUGUAAGUUAAGGGUUUUUUAGUGCAACUCUCCUGAGCAACACUGAAUAGCAUUUUUUAAAAUUUUGUUAUUUUUUAAUGUAACUUGUUAUACAUAUAUUUGAUAGUUUGCAGAAUAACACCCUUCAAUAUUCUCCAUAGUAUAUGUUAAAUAUCCGUAUUGUCUAUUUCUUAGCAAUACAAAUAAUAUAACAUGACUUAAUAAGUGAAAGGACAUGGUUCUAACCCCCGAUGAAGUCACUUACUUGAGAGUCGACAUACAUGGGUCUGGCAGGUGGUGCAGGGCUGCUUGUGGGAGGUCACCGUGAGGAACGUCAAGGGCAUUUUCAGGGGCGUCCAGCCUUUUGGUGUCUCUGGGCCACACUGGAAGGAGAAGGGUUGUCUUCAGCCACACAUGAAAUACAUCGCAACACGUAAUGUAUUGGAAUGUAUUUGCAAUCAUAAUAUUUUAGGUAAAUUUAUGAUUUUGUGUUGGGUCGUCUCGUAGCCAUCUGGGGACACAUGAGGCCUGUGGGUCACAGGUUGGACACCUCCCAUUAGCGGGUCAGGAGCCAUUCCCGUGCGUCCAUAUGAGCACCCUCGUUUUCUCUGGAGAACUAGCUCUGUCGUCAUCGUGUCUUUCUGGGUGUCCUGUCCAUUCACUGCAGGUGGGCAUUGCAUCUAUUGUUGGGGAAGGGGAGCCUCUUCCAGGACCUGGAGUCUAGCGAGUCUCAGGUGAACCAGAAGGGAAACAGCUUGGAUGUUGUCUCAGAACCCUACGGAGACCAAAGGCUCCUUCCUGCUCCGCUGAUGUCCCAGAACAACUCUGUACGCUCCCUUUUGGAACCUGGUUUUCUGGCUUUAUGGGUGCUUCCUUGUACCUUUUUAAUAAA